AUGCCCUGGCCAGCAACAAAAUCAGGGGGUCCUUCGGAGGAAUGUAACUUCAUCAAGCCACAAUGCAUUAAUGUUAAGUGUAAGACGGCUCCACCACCUGUCAAUACCUCCUCCAAGGCCUCCGUCUUGUCUACUCACACCACCUCCGUCAAAGCGGUUCCUUCACCCCACCUCUCUCCUUCGCCACCUCUUGCUGGGAUGCUUUACAAUCUUCCAUCUCCGGAUUCCUCCCUCGCUUCGACGUCAGAUCAAGAUGUGGUUUCCAGAUGCCGUGGAUCUCCCAGGGAUGUAUGA